GUGUUGGAGAUUUGGAAAAUGUCAGUUAACAUCGGUGCAGUUUUGAUGAUUUUCGUGUAUGCUAUCAAUUUUUAUCUGUUAUUUCAAGGUUUUGAUUUUAAAAGCAGUUUUAGGAGUGAAGAAACUCUAAUUGAUUCGUAUAAUGGUAGUAUUCAAGAAAAUGGAAAACGCAUUAUGUUCCAAGGCUUAUCACUUCGAUCUUGAUUUUAAAUGUUUUGUUUUUUAUCCUUUUAAGAUGUGUGAUCUCAUUUUUCAUUUUUUAUCUGUUAAUUGAUAAUAAAUGUGAUUCAAAUUGUAUUAAAAA